AUGGGCUUCAUCAAGAGUGCCGUCAUCUUGACGCUUUCCUUUUCUUAUGGCAUUUUCACAGUAGUCCUCUACGCUUGCAUCUCCAUCAAAAAUGGCACCUACUUCACUCGCAGGACUGAAAAGGAAACCCUGGAGCUGCAAAUUGCUCGUGAUCGCCUGUGGGACCUGUCAAAGGAUUUUGCCGGUCUCUCCCACCAUAUAAUUACUCUAGCCAGUGGUUUUAAAUUCCACUUUGUCAGCAAUGAAGCACCCGGCUCACCAGCUGCCUUGAAAUCUGAUAAGCCGCUGGUUGUCUUCGUUCAUGGAUUCCCUGACAGUUGGGCCGUAUGGCGCCACAUCGUCAGCUCAUCUUCCCUCCAGGAUGCCGCGUGCUUGGUCGCAAUUGAUCUGCCCGGUUACGGAGGCAGCGAAGGCCUGGAGAAAUACUCCGCUACCGGAGUGCUGGAGAAGAUGACAGAACUCAUCAUCACGCUGCGGACCCAAUACGGAGUGGACGACGGAUUCGAGACGCGCAAGAAGAAGACCAUCAUCGUUGGCCAUGACUGGGGCUGCAUCAUCUCCAUGCGACUUGCGGCCGAGGCCCCAUCGCUUGCGGAUCGGUUCAUUCUGAGUAAUGGGCCAUUGCCGGAUCUGGUCAAAUCCAACUUGAUGCGCACGAUUGACUCGGCGCGCAAGAUGCACAAGGAUGCACAGAAUGCUCCACGCUCAUCACGCCCGCCGCUGCUCCAGGCUAUUCGAACCCUCAAGCCCCUAUUCCGCCAACUCACGCUAUCAGGCUAUAUCUUCGCGAUGCAGCUGCCCGUUCCUCUGGUUGAAUACUUACUGAUAGGCGGCAACCAGUCGCUCAUGAGAGCCGUACACAGGGGUGCCCAUGGAAAGGCCGAAUUCAACCCCCGCGACGCGGCCGAGUCCAUGGCCAGCAGUAUGGGUCCGUCUCUCGCGGAGUCCAAGACACAGACCUCCAACGGAGAAACAUACCCGAGCACCAUCAAAUACUCGCGCGAGUUCGCCAACGUGAUGAACAUGGCCGGCUACUACCGCGACGGUGCAUCGACUAGAAUCUGGCAGAAGUCGCUUGAGACCAUCGCCGGCCUCCACGGGCUCGCGGGCGGCAACGACCUCCGUCGGACCAGUAGCGGAGCAGGACUAUUCGACGAAGGAGCUCCCGGGGUGCUGAAAACAAGCUCGACCGUGUUCUGGGGCGAGAAGGACAUCGCGCUGGACCCGACGAUUUGUCUAGACGGUAUGGCCGAUUACCUCGUCGGCGGUAGUCAGGUCGUGCUGCUUCCGCGAUCAGGCCAUUUCACUCCGGUCGAGGUGGAGAGCCGCGCGGCGUUGGAGGCGGCCGUGCAAUGGGCCGUGCAGGGUGAGAAGGAGGACGUUGGAGUUGCUGUACAGAGAACGUACAAGGGUGCGAAAGUUAUCGUUCGCAGAUGA